GCUUUCGCCCUGCCAAGCUUGAGAGCUAAUGUCGAAGAAGAGUCACAUCUGGACUGAAAACACUCAAGCACCACACUGGCUUCACCUACAUCUAAUGUAUCCUGAAAAAUUACUUGUCAUCUCGCACAUUGCUGCCCCUCAUAGAAAAUUGAAUGCCCGCGGGUUAGACUACUUCCCGCUUCACGUCCCCUCUCAGUGUUGUGUGAUGGCGAUGAGUUCACAGCACCGCCACCAUGGCAGCAGUGGCCUCUUCUUCAUCUCAUGGUUCAUGGAUGGUACUGGCCAUUCUACUGGUUGUAGAAGGCAAUCUCCUGAUUGUUGCUCGCAUGGGUCUUUGAAGCCUGUGAAACCGGGAGCAUAUUUGAGUGGCUUCGCUGAAUGGCAUCGGCACCUAGAAAAAUAA